GACAAACCCAGCAAAUCCAAAACAGAACCUUAUUUUCAUAUGUUGUUUAGAAAAUAUUACUCUGUGACUGAAUUCCUCAGAAAGUCAAUGAAGAAAUCCCUCCAAAGUAGAAAUGGUCACCUGGACCUGUUUGUUCGCUUCCUUCAUGGUCUGUGUCUGGAGUCCAACCAAAGAAUCUUGGGAAACCUGCUGGGUCAGACACACUACAGUCCAGGAACCAUUCCAAAGGUCAUUGAAAACCUAAAAAGCAUGAACACGACCAACAUCUCUCCAGAGAGAAGCAUCAACAUCUUCCACUGUCUGACAGAGUUGAAGGAUCAGUCAGUUCAUCAGGAGAUCCAAGAGUUCCUGAAGUCAAAGACCAGAGAGAAGAAACUUUCUGAGAUCCAGUGCUCAGCUCUGGCCUACAUCCUGCAGAUGUCAGAGGAGGUUCUGGAUGAGUUGGACCUGGAGAAGUAUAACACAUCGAAGGAGGGAAAACUGAGACUGAUCCCAGCUGUGAGGAACUGCAGGAAGGCUCGGUGAGUUAGUGAUCAAUCACUAUUGAUUAGUCAGUCAGUGUUCAUUCAGUUUAAUGGUCUUGGAUGACUAAAGGAGAAGUGCAGUGAAUUUCAGCAGGUAGCUACAGUAUGUUGGUGCAGGUUUGUCUUUAUGAAUCAGUGACAGAACUAAUGAUCCAACACAGUCAGUGUCAUUUUCUUAUUGGUUUCUAGCAGUUAAAAGGUUUACCUUUAGUUUUUGAACAUGCUCAG